AUGUCUUCCGCUGCUUGUGUAUUCUGCAAAAUCAUCAAGGGUGAUAUCCCUUCUUUCAAGCUCUUCGAGAGCGACAAGGUUUUUGCUUUCCUUGAUAUCCAGCCUCUCAGCCGUGGCCAUGCGCUCGUGAUUCCCAAGUUCCACGGUGCAAAGCUCACCGAUAUCCCUGACGAAGACCUCAAGGAACUCCUGCCCGUGGCCAAGCAAAUUGCCAAAGCAAGUGGCGCAGAAGAUUUCAAUAUCCUGCAGAACAACGGCCGCAUUGCUCACCAAGUUGUCGACCAUAUUCCCAAGCCAAAUGAGACAGAGGGUCUUGGUAUUGGAUGGCCUUCACAGCCUACCGACAUGGACAAACUCAAGGCUCUGCACGAGGAAAUCAAGUCCAAGAUGUAA